CGCUCUCGAGCUCCAUUCACAGCCACGGUGUACGCCUCGACAGGAAGUGACGAAUGUAGCCACGAGCGUGACGAACGGCUUGUUCGAAAAUACAACAAGGAAGUGGCCGUUUAUUGUAAAGGAAAAUAAUCACCGGAUAAAACUAAAACUUAAAAUCGGGGUCGCUUCGUUCGGUUGUUGGGUGUCGGGGGGGUAAAGUCACCGUGGACUUGCCCGAGAGCCCUUUUCUCAUCGUCUCGAGGGAUUCUGCUUUUAGCCAGCUAGCUAGCUAGCGAUGAACACGGACGUGGAAUUUCACAUCAGGCAGAACUAUCCGUGGAACAAGCUCCCAGCUAAUGUCAAACAGAGUUUGGGGAACUCUCAGCGUGAGUAUGAGAAGCAUGUGCUGCUGUACAGCAUCCGCAACCAGCUGCGAUUCCGCAAUAACCUAGUGCGCCACGUGAGGAAGGAUGAGCGCAAGUAUUAUGAGGAGCUCCUGAAGUACAGCCGGGACCACCUGAUGCUGUACCCCUACCACCUGUCUGACAUCAUGGUCAAAGGGCUGCGAGUCACUCCAUUCUCAUAUUACAUAGGAAUCAUGGAGGAUAUUAUGAACAGUGAGAAGAGUUACGACUCCUUGCCCAACUUCACUGCUGCUGACUGUCUGCGGCUGCUUGGCAUCGGGAGAAACCAGUACAUUGACUUGAUGAACCAGUGCAGGUCUUCCAAAAAAUUCUUCCGCAGGAAGUCAGCGAGGGACCUGCUACCCUCCAAACCAGUGGAAAUCUCUGUGGAGCCGUGGUGGGUGGCGCAGACAGGGUACAUCACUGAGGACGAUAUCAGGAUCUGUUCUCCAGCAGAGAAGAAAGCCAUCGAUAAGAUGAUAGAUUCUGGUCCUCAGCUAGCUGGAUCAAUGGAGUACAAUGUGGUCUUAAGCUUGUACAACCGGGGCUUCAUCUACUUGGAUGUUCCCAUAUCUGAUGACAGCUGCAUCUCAGUACCCCCUCUGGAAGGCUUUGUCAUGAACCGCGUCCAGGGCGAUUACUUUGAAACACUUCUCUACAAAAUCUUUGUGUCCAUUGAUGAGCAGACAAACGUAGCAGAGCUGGCGAACGUGUUGGAGAUUGACUUGGACUUAGUGAAGAAUGCAGUUUCCAUGUACUGUCGCCUCGGCUUCGCUGUAAAGAAAGGUCCGGUGUUCAGCUCAGACCAGCUCCAUCCCACCUGGAAGAACGCCCCGUCUGUCAACAGACUCAAGAGCACCAUGGACCCUCAGAAGAUGCUGCUGUCCUGGGAGCAGGGCAGUCCUGUCAUGGAGGGAGGCUCCUCAGCCACUGACACUGACACCACCAGUCUGGAAGACCAAGCAGACACAGCCAGCGUAAGCAGCCUGAGCAUUCCAGCCGCACCCACAAAGAGGAUUGCCUUUCUCUUUGACUCCACCCUUACAGCCUUCCUCAUGAUGGGAAACCUGUCUCCGAACCUGAAGAGUCAUGCAGUGACCAUGUUUGAGGUGGGAAAGCUGUCUGAUGAGACUCUGGACAGCUUCCUAGCUGAGUUGGAGAAGGUGGAGAGCACAGCAGAGGGCGAAGCCCAGCGUUAUUUUGACCACGCACUGACCCUGAAAAAUACCAUCCUCUUCCUGCGCUACAACAAAGAACUCACUCAGGACCAAGGACCUGAUGUCCCAAAUAUAGGUUUUCCCUUGGACAUGUUGCGCUGUGAGAGCCUGCUGGGUCUGGACCAGGCCACCUGCAGCCGUGUCCUCAACAAGAACUACAAGCUGCUGGUCUCAAUGGCGCCGCUCAGCAACGAAAUCAGACCCAUCAGCAGCUGCACGCCUCAGCACAUUGGCCCGGCCAUCCCUGAGGUGAGCUCCAUCUGGUUCAAGUUGUACCUGUACCAUGUGACUGGCCAAGGCCCGCCGUCUCUGCUGCUCUCCAAAGGCUCCAGGCUCCGCAAAUUGCCGGAUAUAUUCCAGGCCUACGAUAGGUUGUUGAUCACCUCCUGGGGUCACGACCCUGGAGUUGUCCCUACAUCCAACGUGCUGACCAUGCUCAACGAUGCCCUCACACAUUCUGCUGUGCUAAUCCAGGGUCAUGGUAUGCACGGUCAUGGAGAAACAGUUCACAUCCCGUUCCCCUUUGAUGAGGAAGAUCUGAAAGGAGAGUUCUCCUACUCCAACAUGUGUACGCACAAGGCGCUGCAAAAGCUGAAGGAACAAGUGGACCUGGAGCACCAGUGUGGCUACAUCACCAUGCUCAACUCCAACAACAGGCACCGUCGCAGGACCAGUGACAGUACUGAAUACAGAGGGGACACCCAUCUAGGUGGAGGCCUGGACACCAACGGCAGCACUGAGUCCUUUGAGCUUGUGACAGAAGAAAACAACGGGGAAGGCAAAGUAAAGACAGACACCCUUUCAUCUGAAGAUGAGUGGGUCCCUCUUGAACUGUGCUUCGGCAUGCCCCUCUUCAGCUCCGAGCUCAACCGCAAAGUGUGUCGAAAAAUCGCCUCGCACAAACUGUGCAGCAACGAAAGCCUUCAAGAGCUACUUCACUCAAGCCGAAAGCUAUCGCUGAAGGUGUUGAGCUUCGUUCAGUCAUUCCAGGAUGGCAUCCAGCCCUCUGACAUGGACAGCGGUGUGUCGAACCCUCUCAGUCAGCCCCCGGCGGAGUCCGGUGUCCCCCUGCCCGCCCUCAACCUCCUCUUCAAGGACGGGCAGCUGAAGGAGUGGAGCGGGCGGGCCCCUCCUCCUCUGGACAUCUCAGCUCUGCAGAAGGACCAACCCACAUAAGCCACCCCCCUCCAAAACUUCCAGAUUUGGUCAUGAGGAUCUCCUUAUUCGACCUUCUUAUUCGAGGUCCAACCCUGCAUCUUCAUAUCCGAUCACAAGGAAACACUCUCAUUCGGAAACCUUGCCCUCUUGUCCAUCAGUGUCCAGUCAUGGGAAAAUUAGCCCCCGCCAGCACUUUUACCUACUGUAAGAGGAAUCAUCCCUCUGACAGUGUUGCCAACACUAGUUCGAAUCCCCCCUCGCUGUCCCCCUCUGUGAUUCCUUGUAUUCGUAGCAAGGCAGUGUUAUCUGUUGGAGUGGUGCUAUUAUCACAGCAUAUAACAGUGUUGCAGGUAAACAGCAUAUAACCUGGAAGACCAUUUAACUGGAAACACAAGCGCUGUUCUCCACUGACUAGCCCCCCACCCUACCCUUCAAUCAAUGGAUGUUUUGUGAUCCUUGAGAGCGGAGUGUAAAGUGGUUGAUAUUAGAUAUAGAUGUUCUAAAAAUGGCCCACAAAUUUAACAAAGUGUUGAACAGACUUCUUCAGGAAUCAUUUGACAAUAUGCAUAAUCUAGGACCAAGUCUUUGGACUGGAGUCCAUAUACAGACCCCCGCUGCCUCUCUGUGUUGUCUCAUGUUAAGUGAUCUGAUGCAUGAUAUUGUUGCACAACUCGUACCAUAAAGAAAUACUUUCCUCUUUACUUAUAAUCAAUAUUAGGGGCAUUUAUUAUUUGCACUGUGCAGGAUCUUUCCAAACCUGUGGAUGAAGUAAUGUCAUGUAAAUUCUUUUGUAUUUUUUUUUAAACGUAGGAUCCCUUGUAGUGCGCACAUGAUUUUAGAGCUCACGUUUACCACAAGGAAGUGUUUCCUCUUGGAAACUCAGACAGGUUAGAAAUUGACUGGGCAUCAGAGAAACUGCUGUUUUUUUCUCCUUUGUUAUCAUUCUUUGUGAGUACAAGAGAACACCAAAGACCAUUUUCUUUUCCUUUAUAAUGAUUUUUUAAAUCUUAUGUUUUACUGUCCUUUUUAUUUUGCUGCCUUAAUACUGUCAGCCAAUCAAAAACUACCAGGUCUUUGAUCAAGUCUCUGGAUUUGAUUUGCUUAUGUUUAGUUUUUUUAGACUUAGUUUUUUCAAAUGAUUUAUGUACAUUUGAAUGAGUGUAUAUAACCAAUAAAAGCAACAACAUUGGGUCACAAACUACCAACCAGCACCCCUGUUCAAGAAUUUGACAAGAUUAACCAAGUGUACCUAAUUGCAUAGAACAGGAACCGUCAGGUCUGUGUGUUUGACCUGGGCCUGUUGCCACUGUUGCCUGCCAGUAUCUCUCUUUGGAUCGACUCCAGGUUGUGUGCAGUGCAGUGCACUUUUGGCCAGCCCACCACGCUCUCCAAGGGAUUCUGUUUACACCAUGUUUUGAAAAAUGGGGUUUGUAGUCUAGAGAGGAGAAGGCAACUUCGCUGUGAAGGCUGUCACGGACCCAUGGGAUGGAAAUGCUAAUGCUUUGCCCGGCGCCUCAGAGAUGUGAUGGCCCAAAAAGUGUGUGAAGUCUGUCAUGAAUUUUCAGUGUGGCUCCAAGAAUAUAGAGGACUUUUUAUUGCAUUUAGAGUGAUAACCCAUUUUGUUGAGUUCUCCUUUUUUUUUUUUAAGGAAUCUGCCUUCUGCAGUUUUUGACCCACUUGUGGUUGUUGUUUCUAAUAAUGUGAUGCUGAAAUUGAAAAAAAAAAGAAAAAAGACUAACAUGAGGUCCCGUUGAAGCAUGAUGACUGUGUAGAAACUGUUGUGUGUAUGUUGUGUAUGCGUGUGUAUUGUACACCUCACUCUUGGUGUGUUUUCAUACACGCCUUUCACAAUAAGAGUCCCCCCCACCCCCCCACCCCCAAUCCUGCCUGUCUGUUAUCUAGAAAACAAUGUUAGUUUUAUAUGUCAGCCUAUAUUUUAGGAAGUCUUUGUUGUAGCUGUGAAUAUCAUUGACUGAGUUAAUAAUGAUGAUGCUCUUGUAAUUAAAUGGGUAAAAAAAAGGAAGAAAGUAACAUUCCUUCAACAUGUCCUUCCUCCAUCUUUACUCCAUCACCCCUCUGCUCCAGAUACGUAUUAUUAUUAUUAUUAUUACAAAUAAAUAUGUAAAAAGUAUAUGAAAAUAUAAAUAAAUAUGAAAUAACUUUUUCCUCCCUGAAAA